UAUUUGCCUUACGGCUUAUGACUGUCAAAUAAAAUCUAUAAAGUAUCGAUUUCAUUUAUAGCUAGCGUUUAUUAUCCGAGCAAUUGUUUAAUAAAUCAAAUUUUGUGGUCCGUAGAUGCAUGGUGACUAACAAAUAUCUUCACGUAAAGGCACGUCAGACCCAGCAAGUGUUGGAAUCGAACUUACGGAACCAUGGGACCAGAGACCCCUUGCAAGACCAUACCCGAUGGCGGACUGCCUGCAGAAGCCAGAUCCGGCAACCUUGGCCGCGGACAUCCCAUCAGACGACUCGGAUGUUAUCCUGGUGGUAGAAGGGAGACCAAUUCACGCCCACCGCCAGAUCCUCUCUGUCGCCUCCCCGGUCUUUCGGGCUAUGUUUUCACACGAUUUCAAGGAGAGACAGGAAACUAGCAUUGACCUGCCGGACAAGAAACACGAUGACGUGAUAGAACUACUUCGGUGGAUAUACCCUACAAGUCGGCGUAACCUGACAGACAAGGCUGUAUACCGCUUGUUACCUUUAGUCGACGAAUACCAAAUAGAGUGGCUGAAGGUGUACUGCGAAGAGUACCUGCUGCAGGCCAUUGUGGCUAAAGAGAACCAAGGUUUUUCCCCGGCAGAAUACUUCCUGAAGCACCUGUACAUAGCGGACCGUCAUUCCUUGCAAAAUCUCUCUAAGUUAGCCAUCGAGCUGUGCAAAACGAUACCUACCAGAACGAUCGAGGAGACGCCAUCCUUCUCGCAACUGGAUGACCAUCGCCGCUGGAUGCUGAUGCGAUUGCGCGCCACGCAUCUUGAGGAAAAGCAGGGCCGACUUGCCCGGGAGAUACGGAGUCUGGCGGCACUUGUGCCCUCUGUUAUGUCCAUUCAGACCGACAUACCAUCAAGGUGCCCGCUCUGCACUGCCAGCAAGUUCCUUUCCGCUGGCAAUCACGAUUCCAAUACUUCACAGGACAAACGAAGACCUCUCGCCUGCCCAAGCUGCAAGAACAAAUAUGAGCGGAUAGUGGAGAAAGUGAAGUCGGAUCUGUGAUUUGAAUGAUCUGUGAUCAUUUUCUGUGAUUGCUACCAUUGUACCAGUCAGGUGGGGUUAAUUCGUUCUGACAAAAACAUUUUCAUGCUGAAAGAUGCCAGGGAUUGUACGAUAAGCUGGUCGAUGUGUGGCAGUGACGCUCACCAGAAACUAGCUAAACUGUAUAUGUUAUGCAUAUCAGCUGAUUAUUUAUCUUCAACAGAAAUCAGAAUGUUAUCAUAAUGAAUGUGUGAUCUUUGCAGUGUUUCGACACAUUUCACCAGUAUGUUUGCUUUGUGUUGGCUGUUUUCUGUUAUAUAUCGUAUAUACACAGUAUGCACACAGCCAUAUAAUGGGAAUCGUUUAUUGGACUAUACAUACCCCUUACAGCGCAUGUUCAGCUCUCUAUCACUGCCACUACUAGCAAUUUUUGUACAGAAAUCUUAAAUAACGCCAGGAUCAAGAGGUGAUGUUAUAAAACAUUAAUACUGUGCCUCAGCCUUUAUUUCCAUUGAUACUACAUAAAUUGCAAAUCAACAGUAUGUACAGCAUGAUUCCAAAAGACCUUCCAAAGUAAGUUUAUGAAAGAGUGCUGAUUACAGUUCCGCGAAAGGGCAUCAUUGGUGAGGCUAAGCCUAAACAAGCCCACGUGUGUGGCACGUAUUCAGUAUGCCUGACUUCUCUAGUGGAGCCAGCGUUAUAAAGGGAGCGCAGGAAUCGAGCAGACCAUUCGUUGAAAGGAGUAUGGAGAUUUCAUAGCGUGCAUAACCGUGAUGGGUGUUGCCCAGAUAAAACUUGCCAACCAAUAUAUACAUGUAUAUGUCAAAUGCUGUUUUAAAUAGCUGUGAUCAGGAAUGGGAUGUAAAAGUCGUUUCUCUGGCGAUUCUGAUCUAAUGGUGAAAUCUGUACGCUUUAUCGGUCAUUUUGUGAUGCUAAAAGCGGUUAAUCUUCAGGUUUUGUUGUUUUUUAAUAUGCUAUUAAUAUUAAGGGUUGUGUCGAACACGCUUCUCUAGGUUUGCCAUACAGAACACACGUAUCAUGUAUCGAGUUUGAACGUUUAAUUUACUAACAAACCUUGUCAAGAUAAAUCAUCAGCCGGUUGUAAUGAAUUGGAAUUUAAUCAUCUGAGGAGAGAAGUGUAGAAGUGAAGUUAUAAGAAUGCAGCUUAUGUCUGUAUGUUUGAGCGCACUGAGACCUUAACAAGAUGUUGGUGUGACCCAGAAGCAUCUCACCAAUGUGGUCGCUGUGAGUUCAAGUCCAGCUCAUACGCUAGCUUCCUCUCCGGCUGUACGUGGGAAGGUGUGUCAGCAACCUGUUGAUGGUCGUGGCCUUUGAACAAAUACACAGUAUUUUAAGUGCUGGGAAGUGUAAGUCAUUAGUAGAACAUCAUCAGACCAUCUUCUGCAAACCAGCGUCCAGCUUUAGUACAAAUCAAUGAUAUUGUUAAUUGUUACAGGUCAACUUCUAGAAACUGUCUUAUUUCUCUGCAUUUUGAUGUUAUCGGCAAUAUAAGGGCUUCUUCUUUUGGAAACCAUUUGAUGUGGAAUUACUUUGUUACGUGUUUUUUUUAAACAUAAUAUGAUGAUCUUCGGAAAUGUUCAGUGUAAAAUAAGAGUGCAUUUCUCAAAAUGAUCUCUUAAUGCAUACACAUAUAUUCUCAGACGUAUAUAAGUUUGACAUUGGAAUUUAAGCAUCCCAAAAAAUAUGGAGUAUAUUUUGUGCAAAAUAGUAAUAGUAAAUGCGCAG